CAGCGAACCAGUAAUAUCAGCGACUGCGAUGAUUGGAUGUCGUCUGAUGCUGAUGCACUCCUCAUGGUUUGCAACGAGGUCACACCAGCGUGUCGGGAAGGGUUCACAAAUACCUUCUGCUGAAGGCUGAAGGAUGUUGCUAUUGUGGCAUGAUACAGUAUUUGCGUUUCCUGGUAUUGAUCCUCAUGCAGUGCAUCAAUUUCUCUGGACAAACACAGCGAGAUUUGGUGUGUUGUAGCUCAGCUUUGAGGUUGAAAAACCAGAUCACUGGUGACAUCCCUGCAGCACUAGUGGUAAACCUCUUGAUUGAAGCUGACGCUGUCAGGAUCCCAGCAAGUUCUUCUUGAGCCGUGCAGUAGCUGUGCAGCUACAUGCAGCUGCUGCUAGCUGCUACUGCUUUCUUGAAGCAGUAGACAGAGUGUAGGUGCAGGGCUUGAUCCAAGUUCAACUGGACAAUUCCAACGUCCAGACGUUCCGCACGCGUCACCGGUGUUACGCUCAUAAAAGGUGCGCCGGUUCGAUAUAUAUAUAUAUAUAAAUAUUCCUAUCGGUAAAGGCUAGUUUGAUUCAAUAGAUGACUGAAUCAUACUGAAGCCCAUUUUACGACUUAGUCACAUUGCUUACGUCUCAGUGCAGUUUAUAAUUGUUCAAGAAUAGAACACCAUUCUGCCGGUCAAGAUGCCAUGCUCCGGGCUGGAUAGUGGUGUGCUCAUUGGCAUUGGUGGCAUUGGUGGCCAGGUUCUGAGGGAGGCUCCCUCGUAUGCGGCGCAUGUGGCGACGGAGAUGGGGCACAAGUUCCUCGCGCAAUGUCUUUCGAAGGUAGCCGAAAGGAUUUGUAGCGAGUCCAGCAGGCCGACGUGGAUUGCCAAAGCGCCUGCCAAUGGGGACAGCGAAAACCGGUUGGAAGCAACGCUUGGGGGCAAUGGCAUCAAGGAAGAGUUCAAGGACACGCAAAUGGAUGUUCAGAAGCUUGUGGAGGAGUGCACCGUCGACGCCAAGGAGAUUGUGAACAAAUGCCCCAUCUUCAUCUUUGGCAGAUCUCGCCAAGGCAAGAGCACACUGGUUAACAAUUUGCUGAAGGCUCUUGGCAAAGAAGUUCGUCCGGAUGGCCAUGCCUCGGUGGGCCACAUGACACCGUGCACUAAAGGGGUGGAGAUGUACUCCUGCAAGUGCAGUGAAUGGACUACACCUGGUCUGGAAGAGGAGGUGAUUCUCUUUGACUCAGAAGGGUGGGAACUUGGUAAAGCAGUGGACUUGUGGAGUGAAUGUAUGAAGAAGGCCAAGGAAAAGAAGAUUGGACAAGAGGUUCUUCCCCAGCGCCUUGUGUUGGUCUUGGUGGUAUCUGCAUCUGCAGAAAGCCGAAGUGAGCUGGCGGACCCAGAGUUCCAGAGGCUGGUGAGAGAGGUGUGCAUCCAAGCCAAACAGGCUGCUGACAAGGCCCAAGGUCGUAAGCCAGUCCUGGUUCCAGUGGUCACCAAAUCCGAUCUUUUGGAGAAGGAAAAGCCAGACAUCCGAGAAAAAGUUCGUCAUGCCUUCAAUGAGAUGCUGUCCAAGUCCUUCAAUAAGAUGCUGUCCAUGUCCGCUCCAAGCAUCGCUUUUCCUUGGUUCAAUGGGACCAACGAGCCAACUACUUGCGGUAGAUUCUUCGGAUCAUCCGCUGGAAUUCGAGACAUGAUGGAUGUACGUGAACCCAUGUUCGUUGCUUCGAGUCCAGAGGACCAGGAGGACCCGGAGGGUGUUCUGGAAUUGAAGAGGACACUUUCACUCAUCUGCAAGGAGCAGUUGGCAUCAGAGAACAUCCUCAGAGCAGUCCAAGUGAGCAUGGAGAAGAAGUUGCUGGAGGAGCUGAAGUCCUGGGAGAAACGUGGAAUUGACUCGCCACACAGCUUGGUGCGGCGGUUCUUGUGGGUUGUGGCGCGACAUUGCAAUCUACGUGUCAAGAACCUCCAUGAGGAUCACCCGAAAUUGACGUGGGAUGCGGCCGAAGCAAAGGCAGCGGUCAUUCGAAGCUUUAAGUGCCCCAAGAAGACCAACGAAGACACGGACUCCUAUCACACAGACCCACUCCGCCAGAAGCACCGCCAGCCAUGUGACCCAUCCGCCGACCUUCCGUGCAGAGAGGAAUCCACGUCCACGUGCACUAGCACUCCGAAGGGCCCACAAUGGGAUCCGUAUUUGACCACCAGCUGCAAACGUGGAAGGAGUGGAAAAUAGAUCAACAGCAACAAGCCAAUUCUUGCAACGGGUCCCAUGGGUCCCAUGGGCCUCUUUGAUGAAUUUUUAUAUACUCUAUAUCUAAUCACAGCCGCUUUUUGUGCGAUGAGUGUCUUCCAUUCCAGUGCACAAAGUUAUGCGCUGCUCGUCGCGAAUUUGUUGCCUGGUACCAUUACUCGUUCGACUGGGCCACAUCGGCUAAAUCCCAACUCGUUCCUGUAUUGAUUGAAAGUCGAUACACGCCACUCAGCCGCCAGCGGCCACCCGACAUGCUUGAAGAACACCCCGAGAAAAAACCGCCGCUCCGUUGGGGCAAUCCUUGGAGCCCCCGACGCGGAAGGGUUCAGGACUUGUCGCGCCGCGGCGCAAAAAACGCAUGUCAGCUAGUUAGAGUCUGCUGUUUUGUCAUGCAAGGACCAUCAUUGUGCAAAUUAUGCACAAAGCAUUUGUAGAGUGGCCAAACAAACCAAAAGCAUCAAAAAGCAAGAAAGGAUGGCAGAGCACGAGACCAUUGUGCAACUACAUGGGUUGUGCCAAAGAAUUUUGUCCUGUCUUUGCGCAGCCGCCAGACAAACGGCCGAAGAACGUUCUUUUUUUGUAGAAACGGCGGUUUGAGUUGCCCUUGGGAUAGGGAUACGCAGGGCCAUGAUGCUGACAUGAAGUCCUCAGACGAAGCAGAGGACUCCACGAUUGGACGAUACUGAGUGUCACCAUUGUGCUUCCUUUUCAGCUUGUCAUUCUCCAACCAGAAUAUACAAAAUUGAUCAACUGUUCAACAUUGAAUAUAGAUCUUAUUUUUGUCGGUGGUCCAUGUUCCAUUCAUUUUUCCAACUUGCGCAUCACCGUUCAUGAGGCAAAGAUUGGAUCACAUUGUCACGUUGUGCUAAUUCGAGGCUGUGAACCCAGAGCACUCCCAGCCAGCAUAGAUUCUGUGGAAGGAGGUACGCCGUACGCGAACUUUGUGAAGCAGGCAACAUUGUGCCCCACCAGGCAAGUUACCAGGGGUCAUGCAUGCUUGAUACGGCGGCGGCUAGUGGACGAAUGAACAUGAUGAACAUGAAGAGAUCUAGAUUGGUUGGUUGCCAGACUUGUUUUCCCACUGAUUCAGAUAGAACCCCCCUACCCAUGGUCGAGAUCCUCCCAGGAAUCUUGCAGCUGACGCUGCUGUGACUGACAUGUACUCCUUGGAAACGUCAUCACUAGUAAUCUAGUAUUGGAAGUAAGGAUGGCACCAAUUCCCCAAACAGUGUGGGCACACUGAGGGGUUCUUACGUUAAGGGAAAGGAAGGUGUGCUUAGAUCGCUUGAUGGCACCAAUGAUUUUUCCUUGAAGACCAAGAGAGUCUUCGGCUCCCCGUUGCUUCUCCUCCCAGGAUUGAGGAUUCGAUUGCCUCCCAGGGGAGCAAGCAGGAGCAGGGCCAGG